CUUGAACUCCUGACCCUCAUGAUCUGCCUGCCUCGGCCUCCCGAAGUGCUGGGAUUGCAGGUGUGAGCCACCGUGCCGAGCUGGUUUCUGUUAUCUUGUGGUGCUGGGUAAAUAUGGUCUUGGUGGUUCCAUUAAGAAAUUGGAAAUAUUGAAAAUAGCUUGAAGACUGGACUUUAAACAUUUCAUUGGUAAAACAUGGUUCAGGAACCACUGCUGCAGAGUAAUGCUUUAAACUGAAAUUUCAGUAGUGCAAGUUUGUAAUUUUUAAAAAGUGAUCAUCAAAUAAAUUAGCUUUUGAUACUAUACGGUGAAAAUAUCUGAAAUGUAUAAAAAUUGCUUGGUUUUGUAUAGUACCUUAUUAAAUAUAAUUUUCUGGUUAUUUUAAAAAUAAAAUAUUUAUAGCAAUUAUUUUCUGACUUUCCUUCUUUUGAGUUACUACAUAUUUUUCAAGAUAAACCUCUUGGUUCCCCGUUCUUGUCUGCUGUGGUCUUUCAGGGUUAAACUUGAGAAGGUGGAGGAGUGUAGAGCAUAGCAUGCAGCAGUUCACUACUAUAGGUCGUAGGGCCUUGCCAGUCAGGAUGUUGUUGGUUCCUUCAUUUUCUGAUAUAGAUUUUAGAAGCCCCUCAUUAAUCCAUACUGUCUUUAAGGCUGUGAGUAACCUCUUCGUCUAGAAUUUCUGCAUUCUAGAGGAAACAUAAGCUUUUUUCGGUACACUCACACUGUAGAUUAAUUCUGAUAUUACACAUCUCCUUUAGCCUUUGUACCCUCUCUCUCUCAUCCCUUACCCUUCCUUAUCAAUUAGGUGGGUAAUACCUAAAAAUCCAUAGAAAAUGCCCAGUUGAAUUGCCUUAUGCUUUCUACCCCAUAAGGUAUAAUUCUAGAACAGAUCGGUUAUGACAGGCUCUAUUCCAAUCUGCACCUGCUGAGAAUUUGAGUCUAUUUUAGCACCAAUCUUGGGGUUCUUGUUUGACUCUACUCUUAGCCAACACCACAGAGUCUAAAAUUGGAUCUGAAUCCAGUAUUUGCCAUCCAGUGACAGACAUAGACUAGGCUCUUUAUAAAUGUUUCAUGAAUUGACCUGAAUCCCUACAUUGAUUCAUUAUCUUAUUGUCCAUUGGGAAGGAAGACUUACUUAGCUAGGAGUAACAAUUCCCAAAUUUGCCCUAGUUGCAAAAUUUUUUUACUGAGGGCACAUACAAGUUAGGAUCACUCCUGAAAGUAAGGAAACACAGAUAGCACUCACUUCAUGAUCCUAACACAGUCAGGGUAUACAGAUGUAUUUGUGUGCAUACUUCAAAAAAAAAGUCGUUUCUAUUUGGUUUUGGAAUCAACGUUUGAAUUUGUCUCAACUUGUUAAGAAUUUACAAGUUCUAUUUAAAGAUAUCUGGGCUAGAAACCAGAACCACUUGUGUUUAAAUACUAUUGCUAUUCUGUACACAGCUCAAGGUUUUGGUAUUUUCUCUUAAGCAUUCCUCUUCUCCCCUUCCACAAAAAAAAAAAAAAGGAAUUGUGCCACAUUAGUUGGUUUCUAUGAGGAUUCAGUUUCUAUAAGAUUCCAGGCAGAAGAAAUAUCCAUUUAUAUAUUAAAAGGUAAAAAUAAUUAUUUGCUAAGCUUGAGAUUUUAUGUAGAAAAUCUACAUAAGGAUUUUUUUAAAUAGACUUUUUUCUGAAUUACCCAGAAUUCUUGAAAUUUUUCUCAAACGGAUUCCAUUGUUAGCUAAUACAUAGGGACUUAACUGGUUUAUUUUUGCUAACAUUGAUAGACCAACUCUUAGAAUUAUUUAAUGGCCCCAAACUUGGAUGAAACAUCAAUUUCCAGAUACUCUUCAAAUAUCCAAUGCAGAAUUAUCACAGAGUAUAUGUUUUAUCCGUGCUACCAUUAGCUUGCUAUUAACAUGAAUUUUCUUUUACUCAUUUUUCACUCAAGAAAUCUUACUGCAGGAUAAAAUUGUCAAGUAAGGAAGUUGAUAAAUAAGAAAACUAGUUAUGUGAAAUAAUAUUAAAUUGUUAAUUUGCUUUAAGGAGAUGUUGUUCACUAAUUAUUUUUUGUACAAAAAUGAACUUCCAGUCAGAAACUAGAAUUUGCUAAAAACUUUGUUUAGUAUGUUAGUGAAUAAUGCCAGCUGUACAUGAACUGACAACUAUCUGAUGUACGUGUUGCUAUUCUUCCUUUAUUUUAGGUGUGGAAAUUAAAACAACACACAUAUUUUGACUGGUGCUUUAAUCAAGCAAAUGCUAAAAAGCCAUAUAAAGAAGAUCCCUAACAGUCAUUUCUCAACAAUUAUAUAGUCAACUGAUGUAACAAUGGUACUAAUAUUGGGACGCAGACUAAACAGAGAGGAUCUUGGGGUGCGUGAUUCCCCAGCAACGAAGCGUAAAGUUUUUGAAAUGGACCCCAAAUCUCUGACAGGUCAUGAGUUUUUUGACUUCUCUUCAGGAUCAUCCCAUGCUGAAAACAUACUCCAGAUAUUUAAUGAAUUUCGAGAUAGCCGCUUAUUCACAGAUGUUAUCAUUUGUGUGGAAGGAAAAGAGUUUCCUUGCCAUAGAGCUGUGCUCUCAGCCUGUAGUAGCUACUUCAGAGCUAUGUUUUGUAACGACCACAGGGAAAGCCGAGAAAUGUUGGUUGAGAUCAAUGGUAUUUUAGCUGAAGCUAUGGAAUGUUUUUUGCAGUAUGUUUAUACUGGAAAAGUGAAGAUCACUACAGAGAAUGUACAAUAUCUCUUUGAGACAUCGAGCCUCUUUCAGAUUAGUGUUCUCCGUGAUGCAUGUGCCAAGUUUUUAGAGGAGCAGCUUGAUCCUUGUAAUUGCUUAGGAAUCCAGCGCUUUGCUGAUACCCAUUCUCUCAAAACACUCUUCACAAAAUGCAAAACUUUUGCAUUACAGACUUUUGAGGAUGUGUCGCAGCAUGAAGAAUUUCUUGAGCUUGACAAAGAUGAACUUAUUGAUUAUAUUUGUAGUGAUGAACUUGUUAUUGGUAAAGAGGAGAUGGUUUUUGAAGCCGUCAUGCGUUGGGUCUAUCGUGCCGUUGAUCUGAGAAGACCACUGUUACAUGAGCUCCUGACACAUGUGAGACUCCCUCUGCUGCAUCCCAACUACUUUGUUCAAACAGUUGAAGUGGACCAAUUGAUCCAGAAUUCUCCCGAGUGUUAUCAGUUGUUGCAUGAAGCAAGGCGGUACCACAUACUUGGGAAUGAAAUGAUGUCCCCAAGGACAAGGCCACGCAGGUCCACUGGCUAUUCUGAGGUAAUAGUUGUCGUUGGAGGAUGUGAGCGAGUUGGAGGAUUUAAUCUUCCAUAUACUGAGUGCUAUGAUCCUGUAACAGGAGAAUGGAAGUCGUUGGCUAAGCUUCCAGAAUUUACCAAAUCAGAGUAUGCAGUCUGUGCUCUAAGAAAUGACAUUCUUGUUUCAGGUGGAAGAAUCAACAGCCGUGAUGUCUGGAUUUAUAACUCACAGUUAAAUAUUUGGAUCAGAGUUGCCUCUCUCAAUAAAGGCAGAUGGCGUCACAAAAUGGCCGUCCUCCUUGGUAAAGUAUAUGUUGUUGGAGGCUACGAUGGGCAAAACAGACUUAGCAGCGUAGAAUGUUAUGAUUCCUUUUCAAAUCGAUGGACUGAAGUUGCUCCCCUUAAGGAAGCAGUGAGUUCUCCUGCAGUGACUAGCUGUGUAGGCAAACUGUUUGUGAUUGGUGGAGGACCUGAUGAUAAUACUUGUUCUGAUAAGGUUCAAUCUUAUGAUCCAGAAACCAAUUCUUGGCUACUUCGUGCAGCUAUCCCAAUUGCCAAGAGGUGCAUAACAGCCGUAUCCCUAAACAACCUGAUCUAUGUUGCCGGUGGACUGACCAAGGCAAUAUACUGUUAUGAUCCAGUUGAAGAUUACUGGAUGCAUGUCCAGAAUACAUUCAGCCGUCAGGAAAACUGUGGUAUGUCUGUGUGUAAUGGUAAAAUAUAUAUCCUGGGCGGAAGACGGGAAAAUGGAGAAGCCACAGACACUAUUCUCUGUUAUGAUCCUGCAACAAGUAUCAUCACAGGGGUCGCCGCAAUGCCCAGGCCAGUGUCCUACCAUGGCUGUGUGACUAUUCAUAGAUACAAUGAGAAAUGCUUUAAACUCUAAAGCUGGGAUACCUCACUGAAGAAGCCACGCCGACCCAAGAUGAGAGGUUUUAAAAACUCUAGAGUGGGAACUUGACAUAUCUCCUUUGUGCCAUAUGCAAAAAAUAGUAAAAAUAAUAAUUUGGUGCCUUUCACCUCAAAAUAUCAAUCUUUCAAACUGUAAUAAAGCCUUUCUUGUAAUU